ACACAGCCCUCUGGCACACAAACACACUUUUGGAGGCAUUACAUCAGAACUCAGGCAGGCGGCAAGCUCCAAGUUUGUGGUUUGUUUGUUUUCUUUUCGGCUCCUCCCUUUCUUUUUCGCGUAGUAGGAGUUCGCUCAGACGUUUGUCUGGACUGAAGGCCGGGAUCAGAUGUAGAGGAACGGCUCUGAAGUGAAAUCCGUUGGCAAUCAAGGACAGGAACGAGGUGGACGACACAACGCCGCCGGGCCGUGGAAAUCACUAACCGCACACAGGCACACAUACAGCAUGAUUGGGCCUCACUGUGGUUGACAACUGUGGAGCAUUUGAGAAACCUCAAAGGGUGGGUCCCAGUCCUCCCGCUGUCUGCCUAAGAGCAACUCCCACCUCCAGCCCUGGCUGCAGGGCCAGCAGAUCUACCCCUGUGGACACCCCAAUCCCUUUUGCGUCCUAAAGCUUCACACCCGGCCACAGUCUUACAGGGGGUCAACCCCCCAGCCACACACCUCCACUGCCGCCCUCCCACGCACUUCAGGGACAGGACUCCGCCGUAUUUUACGGACAAACCCCUCCGGACCGUCGAAUGACAAGCGUGCUUCGGAGGGCGGGGCUUGCCUCAGUCUCUCAUGAUUGGCUGCUGGAUGGAAUUGAGGUGAAUGGAACACAUGCCCAAGGAGCAGGACUCUAACCCAUCAGAGGGAGAAGAGAAACAGUGGCUCAAUGGCCCUAAGAGGAAGAGGAAGAACAGCCAAUGUUCGGUGAAGAGUAUGACUGGGUACAUCCCCAGCUACCUCGAAAAGGAUGAGCCAUGUGUGGUGUGUGGCGACAAGGCCACAGGUUACCACUACCGCUGCAUUACCUGCGAGGGUUGCAAGGGUUUCUUUCGUAGGACCAUCCAAAAGAACCUCCACCCCGCAUACUCCUGCAAGUACGAUGGCUGCUGCAUCAUCGACAAGAUCACCCGCAACCAGUGCCAGCUGUGUCGCUUUAAGAAGUGCAUCGCAGUGGGAAUGGCCAUGGAUUUGGUGCUGGACGACUCAAAGCGGGUGGCUAAACGGCGCCUCAUUGAGGAGAACAGGGAGAAACGCAAAAAGGAGGAGAUGGUGAAAACCCUGCAGAGCCGUCCGGAGCCCACCGUGGCCGAGUGGGACCUGAUCCGGCUAGUGACGGAGGCCCAUCGGCACACCAACGCUCAGGGCGCACAGUGGAAACAGAAGCGCAAAUUCCUGCCAGACAAAAUUGGCCAGUCUCCGGUUGCCCCGACGUCAGACGGAGACAAGGUGGACCUGGAAGCCUUCAGCGAGUUCACCAAGAUCAUCACCCCUGCCAUCACACGCGUAGUCGACUUUGCCAAAAAACUGCCCAUGUUCUCUGAGCUGCCUUGUGAAGACCAGAUCAUCUUGUUGAAGGGCUGCUGCAUGGAGAUCAUGUCGCUGCGAGCGGCAAUCCGCUACGACCCCGAAAGCGAGACGUUGACGCUGAGUGGGGAGAUAGCUGUGAAGCGGGAACAGCUGAAGAACGGAGGGUUGGGUGUGGUGUCCGAUGCCAUCUUUGAUUUGGGCAAAAGCCUGGCGCAGUUCAACCUGGACGACACGGAAGUGGCGCUACUGCAGGCUGUGCUUCUCAUGAGCUCAGAUCGCUCUGGCCUGACCUGCGUGGACAAGAUAGAGAAGUGUCAGGAGACUUACCUGCUGGCGUUCGAGCACUACAUCAACUACCGCAAGCACAACAUUCCUCACUUCUGGCCCAAGCUCCUCAUGAAGGUGACGGACCUGCGGAUGAUCGGGGCGUGCCACGCCAGCCGCUUCCUUCACAUGAAGGUGGAGUGUCCCAACGAACUCUUCCCGCCGCUUUUCCUCGAGGUGUUCGAGGACCAGGAAGUGUGACAUGCGCAGUUGCCACCGUGUGCAAUGGGAAAAGCAAGGAAAUGGGAGACGGGCUACGCCACGGAGACACAGGGAGAGUCUCGCCGGCAGGAAUUUGUGUUUCUCCGACAUCAAAUUCACAAUUUGUGGUCUCUAAAAAAAAGGAAAAACUGGAUAUAAUCGGAUAAAAACGCACUCACCAGCAAAAGGAGAACGGGGGGGAAAAAAAGCCACCGCUUCUCUUUCUGACACCUCCUGUUUAAACAUUCAUGUUGGGGGGCCCUUCUGUCUGAGCAAGAUGUUUUAUCCAGAAAGAGUUGCCAUUUGCCAAGACACAUCCACAAACACACAAGAACACUCACACACAGAGCCACAGCUUGUUUCACCUCAGUUCUUCAGGUCAGGGUUGUUUGUGGGGGUCAGGUUCCCCUCCUUGUUUCCUUCUGUUUUUUUUUAUUUUUCUCGCAGUGCUCACGUUUUUGAAGCAGCGUCAGAACCUUUCAGUAUUAUUUCUGAAAAAAAAGUGUUAAAACGGUAAUUCAGAAAACGCGGGGAAUGGGUGUCGUCAUUUCUCACCGUCGUGCAGGCAAUCAGCAGAAACUGCGACCCAAAAUCCCUUUUUUAUUUUUAUUUUUUUAUUUUCUCCCCCUCCACGUUCUCUGGUGUGCGAUGGCGCCUAUGGAAGCAAAAGCUACCAGAGUGGGCCGCCUGUUACUCAACUCAAUCUGAGCCGUUACUGCUGUUUAUGUUGUUUUUGUUUCGGGGCUGUUCCUCCACUUAGAUCCCACUGAAACAGGUGCUAUAUUUAUACAAAAGAAAAGGCUAGUUCAGUUCGAUGUAAAUGUGCUGUCAGCCUUUAAAAAGGAGGCUCCAUAUCUACCUGUGUUUUUUUUUUUUUUUUUAUUCUUGUCAUCGGACCGGCUCCUGUGACUCACACAGACAAACAAACAUACAUACAUGCUGGCAGUCCUUGUCACUGCCUUGUGCAGCUCUCAUACCGUUGUAUGAAUGACAAUAAAGCGCUUUUCUCUUCAAGGAAUUACCGCUGUGAGAGAAGGAAAAAGGAAAAACCGAGGAGGGAGGGAUUCCCUUUUGAAAAGCAGAUAAUGGAGGAGCGGAGACAGGGAGAGGAGAUGGGGUUUAAUACCCCGACUGGGGUCAGAAGUAAAUCUUCUACAUCCUGCCUUCCUGUCUCUGUCCACGGCUGACACACACACAUUUACAUGAAAACAUACAACUUCACCUCAGAGUAACAAAAAUGCCUCAUUUUACUGUACACACUGCACUGCGGUGUGGAUUUAAAGCCCUAACCUGUAGGGUUUUUACAGAGUCCUCUCCUCAUGGACUCAGCUCAGUGUGGCCCCUCCAGGCUUCCAUACGCACUUGCCUUUUUUUAGAAAAAAAAAAAAAUAAUGAUAAAAAAAAAAA